AUGCUCCCCGCGGCCGUCCUGCUGGCCUUGGCCCUGCGCCGGGCGGCGGGGCUGGACCUGGGCUUAUCCACCAAGUGCGUCUCCAUCCCCACGGACAUGGCCAUGUGCCACGACAUCGGCUACUCGGAGAUGAGGCUGCCCAACCUGCUGGGUCACGUCGGUUUGCCCGAGGUCGUGGGGAAAGCCGCCGCGUGGCAGCGCCUCGUCAGCACCGGCUGCCACCCGCACGCGGGGAUCUUCCUCUGCUCGCUCUUCGCACCCGUGUGCUUGGACACGUGAGUACCCGCGGCCGGACCCGCGUGGGCCGUUCACACGUUCAACUCGGGAGAUGCGAGUCCGGUGGGGAGAGGGGCGCAGGCAGCACGGCUGGUGGCUGCCCUCAACUUGGGGAGGAAAUGGGGAAGGAAGGGAUCUUCUUCUUCCUCGAAGCAGUCUCUCCGGCGGGCGCCCCCCCUUCGGUGCCCUUUCAGACGUGCGCGGCGUGCCUGCGUGUUUUGCUCCUAAGAGCUGCCCUGCUUCCCCGACAGCUUCAUCCAGCCUUGCAGAAGCAUGUGCGUUGCGGUCCGCGACAGCUGCGCUCCCGUCUUGCAAUGCCAAGGACGCCCCUGGCCCGGCAGUUUGGACUGCGAUCGGUUCCCCGCAGAUGAGGACACGUGUCUUGCAUCCCUCGGCAAAGAUGCUAAGCGUGGUCUCGGAGGUACAGCUUUAUAUGGGGGUUUGGGUUGCAUGUCCUUGCGACGAGUCUAGUGGGGGGAGGCAUGUCCUCAUUGUUGCCCUUGCAGAACUCACCAGGAAAGGAGAAGGGGGUCAAAAGUAGAAUUGGUUGUCUCUUGCUCUGGCUCUGCUUACUAAUGGCCUCCCUGCCUUCUGUGCUGCCAGUUUUAUUUGGCACCAGAUACCAUUGUUUCACACACUGGUACAUUCAUAUCCUACCUUUCUCCUCUUGAGGUUCCCAGACCCACAGCAGGCUGGCAGCAUCACCUGUCCUAGAGAGAGUGGGUCUAGUCUCAUCCUCUCUGUUCUUGCUUGCUAGCUUUCUGUUGCAUUUUAAAAUUUCAUUUUAAUAUUUUUUUAAAAUGUGCUCUCCCACUUUCCGGGUCACCUUCAAAGGUAGCCCCACGUAGAGUGCAUUGCAGUAGUCCAAGCGAGAGAUAACCAGAGCAUGCACCACUCUGGUGAGACAGUCUGCGGGUGGGCAGGGUCUCAGCCUGCGGACCAGAUGGAGCUGGUAAACAGCUGCCCUGGACACAGAAUUGACCUGCGUCUCCAUGGACAGCUGUGAGUCCAAAAUGAUUCCCAGGCUGCGCACCUGGUCCUUCAGGGGCACAGUUACCCCAUUCAGGACCAGGGAGUCUUCCACACCCGCCCGCCCCCUGUUCCCCCAAAACAGCACUUCUGUCUUUUCAGGACUCAACCUCACUCACCUGGGAGAAAGCUCCACUGGAUUUAAUGGAACUUAGUUCUGUGUAGAGUAUACAUGGUUAGAAUUGUGCUGUUGGAAAUCACUGGGUUAAAGCUGACCAAAAGUCCAGAGGUAGCAUUAUUAUCCAUUUACGAUGGGGUGGAAGGUUCGCAGGCUAUGAAGGACUUGCUCACAAAUUUAUUGACAGCUGCACGAAUUACGAUAGCCAGGAAGUGGAAGGGGCAAACAGAAUAUAAAAUGGGAGAAUGGCAUAAAAGAGGGGUGGGAUAUAGCUACUAACGAUAAAUUAACAUGUGCCGUUAAGGUAAGACGGGGAAUAUGCAGCAGAAAUUAUUUUGAGGAGAUAUGGUGGGUGUUUGUAGAAUUUGUACAGUGUUAGCUCGGGUUACAUACACUUCAGGAUACAUACGCUUCAGGUUAUAGACUCCGCUAACCCAGAAAUAGUGCUUCAGGUUAAGAACUUUGCUUCAGGAUGAGAACAGAAAUCGCGUGGCAGCAGCAGGAGGCCCCAUUAGCUAAAGUGGUGCUUCAGGUUAAGAACAGUUUCAGGUUAAGUAUGGACCUCCGGAACGAAUUAAGUACUUAACCCGAGGUACCACUGUACUGUUAAAACGAAAAGGGAUCAAACCAUUGCAGGAGGUGUUGAAAUUUUGGGAGGUUGGAUAGUUACAAUGGAAUGGUCUUGGUGGUGGGGUGCACAUUUUUUAUUCUUAUUUAUUUAUGAUUGUUACUUUUUCGAAAUAAUAAAAAUAAAUAAAAUGCCUUUUAAUCUAAAAAAAAGAAAAAGAAUUGUGCUGUUGGAUACAGUGGUACCUCGCAAGACGAAUGCCUCGCAAGACGGAAAACUCGCAAAACGAAAGGGUUUUUGGUUUUUUGAGUUGCUUCGCAAGACGGAAACGUCUUGCAAGUUUGUUUCCUUUUUCUUAAAACCGUUAAUACAGUUGCGACUUGACUUUGAGGAGCAACCCAUAGCAUGUGGUGUGGUAGCCUUUUUUGAGGUUUUUGAAGACUUUGGUGAUUUUUGAAGCUUUUCCAAAACUUUUCUGACACCGUGCUUCGCAAGACGAAAAAAACCGCAAGACGAAAAAACUCGCGGAACGAAUUAAUUUCGUCUUGCAAGGCACCACUGUAUAAUUCCUAAGAUAUAACAAUUGGCACAUACGGCGUCCUGCUGAAGUGUUCUAUUUGACUGGAAUAGCUUUGUCGGCAGAACAUGAGCUUCUUAAUCUCAGGGCAAUGGAUUCGAGCCCCACGUUGGACCAAAAAUUCCUGCACUGCAAGGGGUCGGACUAGACUGACCCUCAUGGUCCCUUCCAACUCUACAAUUCUAUGAUUCUAAGGGCUUAUCCUAUAAUAUACAGAGCCCCGAGCUCAGCUUUAUCUUCCAAGUUGUCAAAAAAUGUCUGAGAAUUCUUCAGGAGAUCUCCAGACAUGACAGGUUUAUUUUCUGUGGGAAUCAAGUGCAUGCCCCUGUGACAAAUUGGAUUUUUCUCCUCUUAACCGCCAGCCUUUCCAAAGCCUAUCUGCCAGACUUGCCCGGCCAGUGAUGAGCUCUUGACGCGCAGGAAAGUGCUGGACAUUUUUUGUAUCGGCAAUUUUGGUAAGUUAUUAUUGGCACAGUUAGGAUCGAGGCAUCCCUGAGAUGGGGCUUGCUAGAUUCUACAACAUCUUCUUUCUUAUUUUCUAUAUUAAUACAGGAGAAGAUACACACACACACACACACACACACACAUUAUUAUUUUUCUUUCUUUCUCUUUGCAGCCGCAAAGGUGAAACUGUCUAGGAAACGGCCUGCCUUCGGCGCUCAAGAAUAUGACAUUGACUGCCAGGUGGAAUUCAUUAACCAGGGGUCGCUCUUGCCUUUUGAUGCUCGCAGUGUGAUUAAGCAGUGGUUUCUGAUCAACGGAAACUGUACUCGGCAACUGGUCCAUGCCCACCGUCCCAAGGUAUAUCUCAUUGUGGGGACCACCGAGGAAAUGAACAUCGUUGUCAACCAAGUGUAUCACUGGCAGAAGUGGGAUUACAGGCUGACCCUGGCAACGCAGAAACUGAAGCAUCGCAAAUGUGCGUAGCUCUUCAUUUUCCAGCAUUCGUGAAUUCUGCGCUGAUCCAGGAGCACAAGCAAAGGCCCAGCAUAUUCUCAGUAGGCCCAUUCACUUCAAUGGAGGGAGCUAAUCGGCGCCAGAUUUAGGUUUGAUGAGGCCCUAAGCUACAGAAGGUAAUGGGGCCCUUUCUAUGUCCAGCUGUCCUUUGUCAACAACAAAUGGUUGCUGUUUUUUGUGUUGAAUAUAUGCUAUAUGGUAAUUUAUGGACCUAAUAGGUAUCUAAAGCAAUUUGCAUGUGUUGCCAUGCAACCAGUCCAUGCAGAAUGUAGGCACCCGAUACAGUGGUACCUCGGGUUACAUACGCUUCAGGUUACAGACUCCACUAACCCAGAAAUAGUACCUCGGGUUAAGAACUUUGCUUCAGGAUGAGAACAGAAAUUGGGCUCCGGCAGUGCGGCAGCAGCAGGAGGCCCCAUUAGCUAAAGUGGUGCUUCAGGUUAAGAACAGUUUCAGGUUAAGUAAGGAUCUCCGGAAUGAAUUAAGUACUUAACUCGAGGUACCACUGUAUAUAGAAAUGAGCAAACCAGUGAUAUUUUAGGGAGCAGGCUAGCAGGCGGGGCCCAUUACUUACAUCAUAGGAGCCUACACAACACAAAACACUGUUGCUGUAUGUAGGUUUUAUUUUAUUUGUUUUUUAUCUUAUAUUUUGGAAAUGUACAUCCAGGUUUUUUCCCCUUUAAUUUUUUGGGGCCCCAAGACAGUGGAGCCCUAAGCUAUAGCUUGUUUAGCUUAUACGUAAAUCCGGCACUGGAGCUAAUAUAGAACAGAAGGCAUAUGAAUACAGUGGUACCUCGGGUUAAGUACUUAAUUCGUUCUGGAGGUCCGUUCUUAACCUGAAACUGUUCUUAACCUGAAGCACCACUUUAGCUAAUGGGGCCUCCUGCUGCUGCCGCACCGCCACCGCGUGAUUUCUGUUCUCAUCCUGAAGCAAAGUUCUUAACCCGAGGUAAUAUUUCUGGGUUAGCGGAGUCUGUAACCUGAAGCGUAUGUAACCUGAGGUACCACUGUAUGUUCCUUUUUGAAAUGUAUGGAGAAGUUGCGUCAGGACGGCUUAGGCUGUGUACAUAUUUGGAGCUCCCAUUCCCGGAAUAAUAGGUGCAAUGGGUCAGGGUAAAGGAGUCUUGUAAGAUCCAAGUGUAUCAUAAACCAAACAUCAAGCCUUACCUCUUUCUGAAGUGCGAUAGAACAGAUAUAAACGUCUACUUGUGCUGUGGACUCUGGAUAUUUUCCGUGGGAUCACAUCCACGUUAUAUAUUUAAAGCACAACACUUCCGCCAAAGGAUUCUGGGAACUGUAGUUUCCUAAGGGUGCUGGGAAUUUUAGCUCUGCUGGGGUUCAGCUAUGGUUCUCGGGAUUCUUUUUUGGGGGGUGGGGGGGAAGCUGUGAUGCUUAAAGUGCUACAAGUAUCUGGUGUGACUUUAGUUGCAGUUGCUUGUGGUAAGCCGGCAAGCCGGCAGAACAUUUGGUUGUAUCAUAUUGUAUAAUAUUUAGAAAACUAUAAUAAAAUUACUGAUAAAAUGCAUCAAGCCUAAAGAGGUCUUCUUUAGAUUUAGGUGUCUGGAUUUAGAUUUCUUUGGGUUUAAUCACAUGUGUGAUUUUGCUGGCAUUUACAAUUUAUGCAUACCACCACCGUUGGCUUAAUGCAACUUGUGUCUCCCUGAACCAGGGGUCAGCAAACUUUUUCAGCGGGGGACCAGUCCACUGUCCCUCAGACCUUGUGGGGGGCCGGACUAUAUUUUGAAAAAUAAAAAUUAACAAAUUCCUAUGCCCCACAAAUAACCCAGAGAUGCAUCUUAAAUAAAAACACACAUUCUACUCAUGUAAAAACACCAGGCAGGCCCCACAAAUAACCCAGAGAUGAAUUUUAAAUAAAAGGACACCUUCUACUCAUGUAAAAACAAUCUGAUUCCUGGACCGUCCGCGGGCCAGAUUUAGAAGGUGAUUGGACCGGAUCCGGCCCUUGGGCCUUAGUUUGCCUACCCAUAACCUUUCCCCCUUUUUUAGGGGUGGGGGGAGGGAGAAUCACAUGGAAGAAAAGGGUUCAGGGGCUAGAAGGGAUUCAGAAUGUCAUCCAAGUGGCAUUAGUACCCCUUACAUUGCUUUGUGGUUGGCAUUUAUGGCAUUAAUGCUCUGCUGCUCUUAGGACCAAUGCUCAGGUCAUCUGGGCUCAGCACACUAUUUUUAUGCAAACCCUUCCUCUGAGGUAUGUGGUCCUUGGCCGACAAAGUCAACCAUGUUGACUACAUCUGCUUAUAUGGAGGGGGAAAGAAAUAGCAAUAUCGUUCCACAAGUAUAAAAGUGGUGUACAGGGCUGGACUAUAUACAGUGGUACCUUGGUUCUCAAACUUAAUCCGUUCCGGAAGUCUGUUCCAAAACCAAAGCAUUCUAAAACCAAGGCGUGCUUUCCCAUAGAAAGUAAUGCAAAAUGGACUAAUCUGUUCCAGACUUUUAAAAACAACCCCUAAAAUAGCAAUUUAACAUGGAAUUUACUAUCUAAUGAGACCAUUGAUCCAUAAAAUGAAAGCAAUAAUCAAUAUAAAGGUAAAGGUACCCGUGACCAUCAGGUCCAGUCGUGACCGACUUUGGGGUUGCGUGCUCAUCUCGCUCAAGAGGCCGAGAGCCGGCGCCGUCCGAAGGCACUUCCGGGUCACGUGGCCAGUGUGACUAAGCCGCUUCUGGUGGACCAGAGCAGCACACGGAAACCCCGUUUACCUUCCCGCUGGAGAGCGGUCCCUAUUUAUCUACUCGCACUCGAGGUGCUUUCGAACUGCUAGGUUGGCAGGAGCUGGGACCGAGCAAUGGAAGCUCACCCCAUCGCGGGGAUUCGAACCGCCGACCUUCCGAUCAGCAAGUCCGAGGCUCCAUGGUUUAACCCAUAGCGCCACCUGCGGUAUAUCAUCAAUAUACUGUACUAUAAAAUAAAUAAGACAGUACUGCAGAUGAUUAAUUUUUUUUAAUUAUGACCUGCACUGAUAAUAGUCAUUGUUUGGAUGAGGGGCUUUUAUUCUUUUCCACAGUCACACAAUCAAUCAAUAGCUGAACUGGGUUCCAUACAGUCAGAAAAACAAAUUAACCGAAAAAGCCUCAAAAACAAAAACGCAAAAUAAAUAGCAAAAACAAAAGCGCCAAACUUAAUCUGUUCCACAAGUUCAUCUGACUUCCAAAAUGUUCAAAAACCAAGGCACAGCUUCUGAUUGGUGCAGGUGCCCCAGAAACAAUAGCCGACGGCCGCAUUGGACGUUCAGCUUCCAAAAAACGUUCCAAAACUGGAACAUUUCCGGGUUUUUAGCGUUUGAGAACCAAAGUGUUUGAGAAUCAAGGUACCACUGUAGCACAUACUACCACAUUAAAAGUAGAUUCUGUAUUUACAGAAUGGUAAAGGUAAAGGGACCCGUGACUGUUAGGUCCAGUCACGGACGACUCUGGGGUUGCGGCACUCAUCUCGCUUUAUUGGUCGAGGGAGCCGGCGUACACCUUCCGGGUCAUGUGGCCAGCAUGACUACACCUCUUCUGGCGAACCAGAGCAGCGCACGGAAACACCAUUUACCUUCCCGCUGGAGCGGUACCUACGGUAUUUAUCUACUUGCACUUUGACGUGCUUUCGAACUGCUAGGUUGGCAGGAGCAGAGACCGCGCAACACCCGUUGCGGGGAUUCGGACCGCCAACCUUCUGAACGGCAAGCCCUAGGCUCUGUAGAAUGGUAGAAUGACCCAAAAGCUAUUAGUUACUGUAGGAUUAUUUUUUUUAAAUGCACGUCAAGCGAUGAUUCUUGUUUGUGAGGUCCACUCCCCUCAGUCAAAGUUUUCAGGUAACACAUAUUUCAACUAGGAACGCAAUGAAACCGUUAGGACGCCACUUGCAUUCUCCAGUUGCCAGUUCUUAUGUAGCCAAAACAGUACAAUCCACACACAAGAGGGAGAUAUCAGCCAGCUUGAGGGAACCCCAAGGUUUGCAGAAGUAUGCAAAUAUUUAGGAGGUGAAACAGUCUUCAGAGGUGAUCCCCUACCCAUACCACAAAAAAAACUAAUCCCAGUGAAGAAUGGGCACAGUGUGUGUGUAUAAUAUUUUGCUGAUUUACAAAAGUGUGCAAUGUCUCUCUGACCACAGAAUGCCAACUAACUUGGAAGUGAGAAAUGGAAUAUUCUAGAAGAGGGCUUGACUGGAAACCUGAACAGUCUAUAGCGUAUUUCACACUGUAAUAUUUUGUUAUAGCCAGGCCCCACCUGACACUUCUAGAUUCAACAUCUAUGACGGGCAAAUAAUUGCCUGUGCAUGUAUGAAAUAUUUGCUAGUUAAGAAUCCAUGGAGAUAUCAACAACGGAAGUUUUUCCUUGUGGAAUUUGUCUUUGGAAUUUACCACAGCUCCAAUUACAGUCCAAAUUAACCCCGGAAACGAGAAAUAGCUGUAGAUAGGCAAUGACUCUCUGCUGCAAGCAUCUUCUACGUGCAUCUGGAAACAAGCAAAGGGUGUUCCUGCUUACAAAAGGGAUUUUGCUGCCUAAAGCAGAGUAGGGCUGUCAUGUCGAAAACUGUCCUCUUUUUUUGCAAGCUUAGUGUGUCGGUAUUUAUUUCUUUAUUUCGGAUAUGGAGAUUGUGAAGAAGCCAGAUUAAUUCUUUAUGUCUGUCUUCUCAACAGAUCCCAACACCCGAACAAAGAGACGAGUUUGGGGAAUUAAGGCAGACAGUUUUUAUUAUGUAUUUUGUGGUUUUAUAUCUUGAUUUUAUUCCGUGAACUGUCCUGACACCCCCUCAAGUAUAGGUUGGAAUAUAUAAAUAAAAUAAAUAAAUAAAUGACGAGAGACUACAUUCUAGUCCUAAUAUUUAUUUGUUUGUUUUUCUUUAUUGAAUUUAUAAAAUGCCCUAAAACUGGGGGUCUCAGGGCGGUUCACAGAAUAGAUAAAAUAAAAAAAAUAAAAAUGAGAGAAAUUUUUGGGUCUCGGUGGCAUCCACCCGAGAGCUCAAAUAUGACAUUGCUGAUGUCCUAACUUUUCCCUCAGAUCAUCUUCCAUACCAGAGGACUGGAAAGUAGCCAAUGUAAUGCCAAUUUUUAAUUUAAUUUAUUCGCGUCCCCCCCCCUUUAAUGGCUUUCAUAAGAGAAAGGAGGAAAGCCCGGCGGAAAAAGAGAAGGGAAAGAUUAACAUAAACAAUAAAAAAUAUUGCUCAAAAUCAGGGAUGGGAACGUGUGGCCUUCCAGAUGUUUAUGACAAGGUCCUGUGCAACUCAGGGACAAAUUUUCUAUGUGGGAGGCAGACAGGCAGGUAGCUGAAUGGUGUGUUUGGGAAGUUUGUUUACUUGUGUUUGUUGGUUGCAAAGGAAGUCUGUGUGUGACUCAUUGCUCUUUACACCUAGGUCUUAAUAGCUACACUGGAACGUCUUAACUACAGGUUUGAAGCAGUGCCAGUGUAACUUAGUUGGCCCGACGACUGUGGUGGAAGACAGAGACCUCCAAACCUUGCUUGAUUCAGUUCCCAUUACCUGUGGCAGAUGGGAGUUGAAGAUCAACAUCAUCUGGAGGGAAUCGAUAUCAGAUGCUAGGGACAAAAAUCAAGGACCCUAGUAAGGCUGCCUUAUACAGUUUAGGGAAGUUUUUAAUGACUGGUGUUUUAAUGCGUUUUUAAUCCUUUGUUGGAAGGCACCAAGAGUGGCUGGGGUUUAUUUAUACAGUGGUACCUCGGGUUACAUACGCUUCAGGUUACAUAUGCUUCAGGUUACAGACUCUGCUAACCCAGAAAUAGUACCUUGGGUUAAGAACUUUGCUUCAGGAUGAGAACAGAAAUCGUUCUCCAGUGGCGUGGCAGCAGCAGGAGGCCCGAUUAGAUAAAGUGGUGCUUCAGGUUAAGAACAGUUUCAGGUUAAGAACGGACCUCCGGAACGAAUUAAGUACUUAACCCAAGGUACCACUGUAUAUUAUUAUUAUUAUUAUUAUUAUUAUUAUUAUUCCUGCCUAACCCUUUCAAAUGAACCCAGGACUGCACCUGGGACUUUGGGCAAGCCAAGUAUGUUCUCCACCUCUGAUCUAAGGUCCCUCCCCAAAGAAAAUGAAAGAUCUGAUCCUGGAUCUCUGGCAUCUCAUCUCGUUCAGCCCUAAGGACAUCUUGUGAAUUCAGCCCUGGAGCAUGGGUGUAGCUGGUAAAGGUAAAGGACCCCUGGACGGUUAAGUCCAGUCGCGAACGACUCUGGAGUUGCAGCGCUCAUCUCGCUUUACUGACUGAGGGAGCCAACGUUUGUCCACAGACAGCUUUCCAGGUCAUGUGGCCAGCAUGACUAAACCACUUCUGGCGCAACAGAACACCGUGACAGAAACCAGAGCACACGGAAAUGCCGUUUAGCUUCCCGCCACAGUGGUACCUAUUUAUCUACUUGCACUGGUGUACUUUCGAACUGCUAGGUCGGCAGGAGUUGGGACCGAGCAACGGGAGCUUACCCCAUCACGGGGAUUCAAACCACCGACCUUCCGAUUGACAAGCACAAGAGGCUCAGUGGUUUAGACCAUAGCGCCACCCGGGGGGGCAAGGGCGCCAGCUGCCCCCCAUCAAGUAAAUAAAUAAAAAUACCUAGCCGACUGACCAAUUGGGUCACAGAUAGCUCGGUUGUGCCCCCCACAUAAUAUAAAUUCUGACAUACAAACACCCAACAUAAAUCCUGGCUACGCACGUGCCCUGGAGGCUUGUAGUUCGUAGCUUGCUGUCCGGGCCAAUGUGUUUCACAAUUCAGAGGAAGGAGUGGGGGCCGCUAUUGCCCUCAUAUCUUGCACAUGGAGUUAUUGGAGACAUCUAUUUGACCAUUGUUAAGAUGGAUGCUCCUGGUCCCCAUAUCUUUCUGCCUUGGGGAGAAAAUCAGCAUGGGAACGAUUGUUUUGGAAAAGGUAAAGAGAUAAGCAGUCUCUCCUGCUGUUGCUCUUCCAGCCUAAACUGGAUCUAUCUAUCUAUCUAUCUAUCUAUCUAUCUAUCUAUCUAUCAUCUCCUGCUGGAAUGAUCCCUUCCAGCUCUAUAAUUCUAUGAAAGGAACACACAACUGUGUGUCAUGUAAGCUGCUGGAAGCCACCUCAAGUGGCUGGGGCAACCCAGUCAGAUGGGUGGCAUAUUAUUAUUAUUAUUAUUAACUAGGAUCCAGUUGCCAUCCUCUUAGCAGUAUAAUUCAACGUCUGGAGGGGUUGCAGUAAAACCACAAAUGGGCCUUGUGAAACCGUCAGGGAUAACCACUUCAUUAUGACACAAGCUUUCAUGGACCGCAGUCCAUUAAACGUGCAAUUGCAUCUUCCAAAAUGGACUGGCGGCCAUGAGAAUUUAAAUGUGCUCGCCUUUAAGACAGCAAACAGGAUUCUGAUCUUAACAUUGGAUAGUGAAUGGUCUGUAGUCUUGUUCUACGUGCUUCCGGCUCUAGGGGAACAACACCUACCUGGAUUUUGUUUCCUUUGGGAGCGGGGGAAACAGUUCUAUAAUAUUUGAAUUUAUCCACAAAUGUACAAACUGAGGACAGCUUCCAGAGGAGUUGGGCCUAGGCAGAAGCACAACUUAACACAUACAACCAGCAAAUUCCACUGCUCCCAGAUCAACUCUUCCAUUAUAGAGAUCCAGAACUCAGGUCAGUCCUUUCCCAUGUCUAAAAAAACCCGCAGUGCCUUUCCCCCCUGUAUAUACAGCAUUACUCCUUAGCUGGGUUGGUGGGGUUGGGGAGAAAAAGUAUGCCCCAGUUUGAAACAAAAGAAUGCGAAACCCUCCAGCUAUUUCCUAGCUACUGAGAGAGCAUCUAAUCUCCCUAACAAAAGAAACGUAUAGCCAAGCCUGCCUGACUCUUGGAUCCCAUUAAGAGACAUCACCUGAAGAUCUCUGGCUAUCGGCAUUCAUUUUUCAAGCUGAAGACUCUGGGCAGUUAUUGCCUUAAUGGGAAUAACUCAGUGAUAGUGUUACACUGUUCCAUCACUUUUUGCACUGUUCAGAUGGCAAACACAUCAGGGCUGUAGGGGGGAAGCUGGAAUCCUCAGGAAGAAUUCUAUGUAGCUAUCAUCUAAAUGGAUAUACUGCUUGAUUGCAGUAAUAUCACAAAGUACCGGUAGUUUAUAAGAAAUAUUAAAAUGAUCAAUAAAAACAAUUAAAAACAAUUAAAGAUAAUUAAAAUGAACAGUAAAAUAAAUUAAAACACACCUACAGCUAUGUGUCUGGAGAGACAUGCCCAGUGCUUUUCUUUUCCCUAAAAAAAAGUUUAGGGGUACUCUCAUUUUCCUACUCAUAUUGAAAUACUGCCCCUCAAUGAGGCCAAAUUUUGAUGCACAAAAUGUUUAGGGGUAUGCGUACCCCUGUCCCCUCACCCCGAAAAAAGCACUGGACAUGCCUAAACAAAAAUGUCGUGGCCGACUCUGUGGUUGCGGCGCUCAUCUCGCUUUAUUGGCCGAGGGAGCCGGUGUACAGCUUCUGGGUCAUGUGGCCAGCAUGACUAAGCUGCUUCUGGCGAACCAGAGCAGCGCACGGAAACACCGUUUACCUUCCCGCCAGAGCGGUACCUAUUUAUCUACUUGCACUUUGACGUGCUUUCGAACUGCUAGGUUGGCAGGAGCAGGGACCGAGCAACGGGAGCUCACCCCGUUGCGGAGAUUCGAACCGCCAACCUUCUGAUCAGCAAGUCCUAGGCUCUGUGGUUUAACCCACAGCGCCACCCGCGUCCCUUGUUGUCAGGAUAACAUGGCGCAAAUGCACACCCCACUUGGGCUCCGUGGAGGAAGGAUGAGGGUGACAGAAAGAGAGAGAAAAAAUGUAGCUGAUGAGCCUUCCUUGCUGAACUUCCUCUCCAAUGUGGCCUUGAGGAGGUAUGCUUUUAAAUGCUCCUCCCUCCUAGGCAGUAAUUGUUGACAUGACUAUAACUCCCAUCUGAAGAGUUGGCUUCAUCAGAGACUCAACCCACUUCUCACCCAGCAGCAAUGCAGAUCUUCCUUGGCCUUUGCUUCCUCUCAGCACUCAUAGCCAGAGGUGAGUAUCCCAUCCAAUGCAGGUAGAGUUACAUCUCUAGCUAGAGCAUCUAUAUCUAUAUCUGGGUGUGGGCAUAAUAUUAUUGGCAGCAUCCAUCUGUCUGGAAGACAAUGGAAGUGUGGACCUUUUGUGGUAAAGUCAAGCCAGUUGAGAGCUACAGCGCUCGAUGUGGCUGUAUCGCAAUAUGGGAUAGACAUGUUUUGUUGCAGCUGGGGCAGACGAAGACGUCCGAUUGUGCUUAUGUAUAUGUAUGUUUGCAUGUGUCUGCUUUAGAAGCAAGGAUUCUUUGACACCCUUUUCUUUAAAUAUCCCCUGUACGUACUUAAUGCUGUUUGCUUUAGAAUAUUAUAGCUCUACAGGAGAUAAUUGUAUGUUUCUCGUUUCUGAAUCUGGAUGUAUCUCUUUUCUGGAAUGUAGCUAGCUCCCGAGUCCUGUAUGGCUUUUAUGCCAACAAUGCAGCCAUUGACAGAGAUAUGUGAGAUAUAGACAGCAGCAGUUUCACUGCUGAACUAAACCAAUUGUUCUCCCUAAAUCCCUGCCACAAUGGUUUCCGAGAACUGAACUUAUUUUGAGGGCUUUCCAACAUAAAAAUCGUAGCUGGGAAGAUAUGAUAACCUGACUGCCUCCCCUGCUAAUUUAAUGCUAAUAUAAUAAAUAUUAUAAUAUAAUAUAAUAUAAUAUAAUAUAAUAUAAUAUAAUAUAAUAUAAUAUAAUAUACUUGUGUGAGUGUAAUUUCUACCUAUUGGAAACAUAUUGUGUCGCAAAGAACAUUCCCCUCCUCCCCUGAAUGUCUGGAAGAUUUUAUGCCCCAGCUUCCAUUAAGUUUUAUUUCAUUAAUGUUAAAAAAAAAACAACUCUGGAAAUUAUGAACAGCUCCAGGACAAGAUCACUCAUAAGAAACAAUGUUUUAUUUCAAAAAUGGUGAAUAGAAGGAAAGUGGACCCAUCUCUUCCUUCUGCCCGUUCCUUCCCCCAAUAUCCAGUGCAACUCACCAUGUUGUGAGCUUUUCUAUACCUUAAUUUUACCUAAAGUAUACAAACUCAGUUAGAAAGUAAUUCUAAGCUUCCAAACAGAGCAACCAAUGAGCUGUUGGAUGUUGGGCACCUGCCUCUCCACUGGCGGGUGGCGGAGGGGUGGGGGUCAAAGGGGCAGAGAGGGAGACCUCCCCAGUUUAGCAGCGGAGAAUGGUGGGUCAUUACUGUAUCACUGGUGGUGAUGGUCCUGAAAAUGAGCUUUAUGGAGGGCAGUCAGGAGAGACCUCUCAGUUCCCUGAUAUGCCCCUGGAAAUGUCAAAAAAGGACCUGAGGCUUUGGAGCCAGUGUAUUUUGCCUCUCAUUAGUUUAAAUCAUGGGUCGGCAAACUAAGGCCCUCGGGUCGGAUCAGGCCCAAUUGCCUUCUGGAUCUGGCCUGCGGACGGUCCGGGAAUCGCCGCGUGGAUCGCCAGUGUGCGCAUUCUUUCCCUCUCCCUCACACAGCGGCGGCAGCGGCACCUCCUCCCACCCUCCUCCUGGCUUCUCCCUGCCCUGCCUAGAGGAGGAAGGGGGCUGGGCUUUGUUGGUGCCAGUAGCAGCGCUUGAGCAGCCGCCAUUUUAAGCAGCCCCUCUCCAGAGCCCUUUCGUGCGCUCCUCAUCGUCCCGUUGCCACCAGCCCCUGCCACUCACAAGACACAGGUAAGCAGCCACCAGGGCUCGUCCGGUGCUGUGGAGAAGGGAGGGGAGAGUCGGUGGGGGAGCGGCUUAUAGUCCGGCCCCCUGCUGAAAACGUUUGCUGACCCCUGGUUUAAAUGGUAGAGAAAAUGGAAAAUUCAUCCCUCUGCCUUCUGCCCUGGCUGGUGCAGUUCCUCUGCCACAGCCUCCUUAGGAUUGCGCUGUUAUUUUACUGGCUAAAUGUAACUUCCAGAUUCUGCAAUAGGAUGCCGCUGAAUACAGUGGUACCUCGGGUUAAGUACUUAAUUCGUUCUGGAGGUCCGUUCUUAACCUGAAACAGUUCUUAACCUGAGGUACCACUUUAGCUGGGGACGCAGGUGACACUGUGGGUUAAACCACAGAGCCUAGGACUUGCCGAUCAGAAGGUCGGUGGUUCAAAUCCCCGCGACGGGCUGAGCUCCUGUUGCUCAGUCCCUGCUCCUGCCAACCUAGCAGUUCAAAAGCACGUCAAAGUGCAAGUAGAUAAGUAGGUACCGCUCUGGCGGGAAGGUAAACAGCCUUUCCGUGCGCUGCUCUGGUUCACCAGAAGUGGCUUAGUCAUGCUGGCCACAUGACCCAGAAGCUGUACGCUGGAUCCCUCGGCCAAUAAAGCAAGAUGAGCACCGCAACCCCAGAGUCAGCCACGACUGGACCUAAUGGUCAGGGGUCCCUUUACCUUUACCUUACCACUUUAGCUAAUGGGGCCUCCUGCUGCCACCACGCGAUUUCUGUUCUCAUCCUGAAGCAAAGUUCUUUACCCGGUACUAUUUCUGGGUUAGCGGAGUCUGUAACCAGAAGCGUCUGUAACCUGAAGCAUCUGUAACCUGAGGUACCACUGUACUAUGGAGUGGGGUUAUAGCCUUCAUGCUCUGUUUGUGAAGUUAGCCAGGGUGCUGGUCAGGCACUUUGAGAAGCAGUAUAUGGGACUAGGUAGACUUCUGGUGCAAUCCAGUCUUCAUAUGUUGUUAUGUUCCUAAUUUUCGAAAAGACAAUACAUUCCAGUUAUUAUAUAUUGCAUCAUGUGUAUAUGUGUGUGUUUCAGCAAGAAACAUGGAGUGAACAGCCACAUGGUUAUCUCUGCAUCUGCUUUGAAGUCAAUGGUUUAUCACUUUAAAAAAAUUAAAAUAUUUUUACUGUUGUUGUUGCUUCUUAAACUGCUUUGCAGAGCUGUGUAUGCCAUACAGCCCGACCUUCACCCCCUAGGAAAAACCUGUUGCCUUCAGGCACAUUAGGAAACACUGGCCCAUGGUUAGCAUUGAAUUAACUACCAUUCCAAUUGUCCUCCACGCAUAGAAUGGUGGCGACACCAUUGCCUCAGGCCACAAACAUGUUCUGGGCUGGCCCUGAGCAGAAUAAAUUAUGCAAAUUCGUGCAUACAUACCUUAUUUCCAAAACAUCGCAGGUCUCAGGAUGCUACUUUUCCCCUGCAAUACUUAAGGUAAUUUGCUUUGUUUUGAAGCUUAAGUUCUGUCAGCAACCCGGCGAAUUAGCCUAAACUUAGAAACAAUGACUCACCCAAAGCCAGCAAAAAUGUUUCUUAGCUGACGCUGAACAGGUAUGUGAACCAGGUGAGCAGAUUUCUGCUAUUGGCGAUGUGGUCAAGUCAGCUUAAGUGACGGAUGGUGGUGGAACUCAUCCCCUGUCUCUGAAACUGAUGAAAAUCGAAAGAAGCACCUCAAGGUGUUUUCCUAAUAUAUGUGAGGUCAGAAGAUGUCCUCUGUAUCUUGGCUUGUAUAGCUUUAAGUUUAUGCAAAUCCUAGGAAUUAAUUACAUGUAUACCCAGUCUACAUUCCACCCCCGCUUCUCAAAAGCAUGUGAAACCGUGUACACACACCCAUAACUUAAGUAUGGGGACUGGUUUUGAUCCUGUCAGACAAGUGCAUCUGGUCUGAGAGGAAACUUCAUCCUUUAAAGCUAUUUAGGACCGGACAUUUCCUUCCCUGGAAAAACAGAGAGAGGUACAAAGAAAUCAUAGGAAACUAGUAAAACCAACUGACAUAAUAUAUUUCCUUUCUUUUUCCUUUUCCUUUUCCAGCGACUGCUUUACAAUGUGAAGCUUGCACAGGCCUAGGCCAAAACUGCACUGGUGAAGUGGUGACUUGCCCCCAAGACCACAAUUUCUGUGGCAUUACUUUGUUUGAAAGUGAACUUUUUGAAGGUAUUCAUGAUUAUUUUUUUUGAUGAUUUUUUUUUUGUGUGUCAGCGGUGGGAUGCAUCCAUGCUUUGUUGCUGCGUAUUGGUGAGGGUUUACUAUUGGUGCCUCUGCCACUGGAAGGCCUGCAGAUGACUGUCUUAUUAAGGGCCUCAUCUGUGGUGGCCCCCUCUCUCCAUGGUAAUUCUCUGCCUUAGCAGAACCAAUCAACUAGGGGUGUAAUACUUUCCUUCUUAAAAGCACUCACACUGGGUAGAGCAAUACUAACUAGGAAAAUAUGGCUGGAAAAUAUUCACCAGGUUUACACCAGUGUAAGCCAUUUACACUGGGGCAGGGGGAUAGAUCCCAUCCUAACCGGUGUAACUGGGGAUGAGGCGUGAACUGUUAGGUGACCAUCAGCUCAUGGACUUUUACAAAGGACAAACCAUGGUUACAGCUCAUGGUUACAACAAACCAUGGUUAGCCUGGAGACAACUAAACCAUGAGUCCAGGCUCUGGCGACACACUAAACCAAGGCAUGCUCAGCUCAGCUUGGUACAGCAGCAGAAUGACUGUGGUUUUAGACUUUUGUAUUUUGUUGUGCUGCAUUCUAUUUUAUUGCACCACGGUUAAUUUUGUUAAGCGUUUCAGAGUGCAAUAUUGGCAGGGAAGGGGAUGGUGGAGUCGGUAUGACGCAGAGGUUAGAGAGUUGGGCUAACUCUCAGCUUAAUCUACCUUGUGAAGUUGAAAUAGAAAGGGGAUUAAUUAUGUGUGCUGCUUCUAACUCCUUUUUUAAAAGGUGGGAGGUAAUUGUGGUAAAGAAAUACAUAAGAAUAAAAUUAUUUUUUAAGAACUGUAAAAACAUAGUAUCAUUGUGCGAGGGGGCUGACAGCAGGGGUCUUUAGUUUUCCCAGUUCUCAGUAAUAUAUGGUUUUAUAGAAAUGUUUGGCUUUUGAGCCUCUGUGCUAUGUGCAUUAUCCUCAUCAUCUGAUAGGAAGUCUCACAUCUUUCUCCCCAUACUAUCUUGCAGAAAAUGUAAAGGUUAAUGGCAUUAUUAAGAACUGUGUUCCAUCCAAUUACUGCGAAGUCGGUUCCGCUGAUAUUAACUUGGGUAAAAAGAGAAGAUCGAGAACCAGUGUUUCCUGCUGUAAGACGGAUGCUUGCAAUACUGCCUUUCCUGCCAAAUGUAGGUAUCAGUUUGUAUUUUCCUUUUCUGUUCCCUUUUGCACACCCCACUGUAUACAUGCCUUUGGAGCUUUUGCGUGUUCAGACCUUUAAACCUCCCCCUUAAAUAAAUUCAGACAAGACUCAAAUUUUGGUUUGGUUUUUGGCAGAAUUUUGGCCACAACUUUAUUGAUUACAGCAAGUGGGUGGUUGCAUAGGCUUGGGUUCGACUAGCUCCCUGCACCGUUGCAGGUAGCGCUGACCGAGGGCACCAGCACAGGUCAGCCUAGGGUGAACACCUGGAUAAGCGGAAAGCUGGGAACAGGCUAUGUCCACCACCCAGUUGUCCCCCUGGACUCAGGCAUGGGCAUAACCCCCUCUCAGGGGUUGACCAAACCAUUGAGUCCCUGGAUUCCUUUAACGGAAAACCCUUCACAUAGGGAUGGCGAGAGCGUUCCUCCAUCCCUAUCACCUGAACCAGAUCCUAUCCGCAACCUUACAAGUUGUGAUGAUUUGCUACGCGGCAGGCGAAACCCAAAUGGCACCAGCCAAUCAGCCAAGUGGGGAAAAUUCCUGCCGUGCCCCUGUCCCAACAACAGACGACACACGACGGCAUAGCAAGGUCAAGCACGCAGCCCUAAAUAUAGGUAGAGGUGGGCAGGUGUUCCAAUGCAUGCACCAAAAAAGGAAGCUCUGGGUCACGUGCAUAGGUAUAUAUAGGUCCCUUGAUCCGUUUAGCUUGCGUCCCAUUGGCCUGAUUAAACCCAGCAUCAAGGGACCUACCAAUUGGGUGUUGUGGCUAUCCAAUCAUACCCACCCACAACACAGGGUUUGGUUGCCAGGUCUCACUGCAACACGUGCCCUCUUUAAGGGAGGACCCGAUUUGUUUAAAGUCCGGUUGCCAGGACAAGGUGGCCUGAGGCAUUUGCCCUCUCCCUUUAUUAGUAUUUAUCGGAUAUAUAACCCUCAAACAACAUCUCAAGGGCUUUCUGGAGCUCACUGUUCACUCACUGCUCCAUUGGCUAGACUAAACCAUUGCUAUCCCAAGAGAUUGCUUUGUACUGCAUGUGCCUUGGUAUCCAGUUUGCAUUUUACGCCCAACAUGGUGUUAUAGGAAUUCUGAGGUCAUAUAUAUAUAUAUAUAUAUAUAUAUAUAUAUAUAUAUAUAGUAAAUGUUCAUAAAUGUACAAGGCAAACACAUACACAAGUAUAUAAACCACAUGUCUGAAAUAGUACAGGAGAACAAUCCUGAAUCCAUUUUGACUCCCCCAAAUUGACCUCUGCAAGGAGGAAGGAAAUGGGAAAACCUCCCCAUUGUCUCUUUGCUCACAAAUCCUGUCUUAAGGGCGUAUCUGUGUAUGAAUAGGGUAAGCCUGUGGCCUGGAUUCACGAACCGGGUAUUUACCAUCACAAAAGAAUGGCCAGAAUGCCCAGGUAAAAGCAAACAGUGACCAUUAUCAGGUAUCCUGGCAGACAGGUUUUCUUCUGUAGGCCGCCCCUUCACUGAUGUAUGUAUGAUGUUUUUGGGGUGGUCUUGAGCUACAGGGUGGCAAUUUCGAAAGUCUGUAUAAGAGUUUGCACACCAAUGUUCUGAGUUCCUCCUCCCUCCUGCGUGGCGGGGGGGGGGGGUUGAGCACCCUGUUGCAAUAGUUUAAUAAAGAUCAGGCUUACUAGCUACCUUGCUUCUUGAUAUUGUCUGGUUGGCCUCUGUUAUUUUCUCCUACUGAUAGAGAACCUACAUAAGGACUCUGUACUGGCUCUUGGGUAAGGGUAAGGGAAAAGGAGCAGUUUUUUCUUAUAACAAUGGGGAAGUGGCAGAAAAUGGGGUCCCCUUGGCCAGUUCCCUCCUCCUUGGAAUUUCUAGCUUAAUGUAAGCUAGAAAUUAUUAUUAGUGGUGCCUGCCCUGUGGAAUGCCCUCCCGGCAGAUGUCAAGGCAAUAAACAACUAUUUUACUUUUAAAAGACAACUGAAGGCAGCCCUGUUUCAGGAAGUUUUUAAUGUCUGACGCUGUAUUGUUUUUAAUAUUCGGUUGGAAGCCGCCCAAAGUGGCUGGGGAAACCCAGCCAGAUGGGCGGGGUAUGAAUAAUAAAAUUAUUAUAAAUUAUUAAAUUAUUACUAGUCGUACUUUACAACUCUUUUUCUCACGCUACUGCGCAACACAGUUAUAUUUGCAGCACCCAGUAAUGUUCUCAGGAAGUUGACUUUUUCUCUGUUGGUUCAGUGAAGCGUUUGGAAACCAAACUCAACGGCCUUCGCUGCCCAGCCUGCUAUGCUUCCUUUUCUGAUUCAUGCAGUGAUGAAACAGUGGAUUGUGUUGGAUCUGAAUCUCAUUGCAUUGACUUAGCUGGAUUCAUACAUACAGGUAAUUUAUUCAUUCCCAUGCAUGAAUCUGGUUUGGUUUCUUUCGGACUUCGCUCAUUAUCUUCAUAUCAUAAACUCAGUUCAGGUGCCUUAAAAAAAUAUCUGGCAUGGCACUUCAAGAAGUUCAGACUCUUUACCUUUCCCUCAAUGCCUUGGAACAAUGCCAUAGUGGGAGCUGUUUUGGAAAUGAAAAUGGCAGUUGGACCCAAUUGCCUGGUUCUUUUUGGAAUAUUGCUGCUGCCACCUUCUAUCACCACCUCACCAAGUAUGGAUCCACCAACAAAGAAUAGUGCCAGCAGGCACUUGUCAGGGCCCCCUCAAACUUUUGUAUUAGUCCUACCUCAUCAGAUCAGAAAUCUGGGGGAGCAAAACAGUGGUAAAUUCUCUUUACUGUGCGGCUGAAUGAAACAGAUGGCUGUCAGCUUCCCAUGUCAAUUUAUGCCCACGGGAAUAAAUUCUCUUUUGGUUUCGCUGCAAAUGAAAUUCUAAUUUUAUUUUAUUUUUUAAAAUUAUUACAUUUAUAUCCCACCUUCCUUCCAAAACAUGUAAGCUCUACCCAGACUCACACUUGCUUAGCCCUGGGGAAAGGACUGAAUUUAUUAACUUUCAACUAAGCAUGAGAUAUCAGCUGAAUUAGCCAAGGCACCAAGGUUGUUCCUUUGAUUAUGGGCUGUUCUGUUGAUUCUGAUGUCUACUGCAUUGUUGUUUUUGUUUGCUGUGUUGUUGUUUUUAAAGCAACUUGUGUCCAGAUUUUUACUUCUUCAAAUAUGGCAACCCUAUUAUAAAAAAGGUAAAGGUACUGUACACAAAAGCUCAUACCAAUAACUAACUUAGUUGGUCUCUAAGGUGCUACUGGAAGGAAUUUUUUAAUUUUGUUUCAACUAUGGCAGACCAACACGGCUACCUACCUGUAGAGGACCCCAGACAGUUAAGUCCAGUCACAAACAACUCUGGGGUUGUGGCGCUCAUCUCGCUUUACAAGCCAAGGGAGCUGACAUUUGUCUGCAGACAGUUUUUCCAGGUCAUGUGGCCAGCAUGACUAAGCCGCUUCUGGUGAAAUCAGAGCCGCGCACGGAAACGCCGUUUACCUUCCCGCUGGAGCGGUACCUAUUUAUCUACUUGCACUUUUGAACUGCUAGCUUGGCAGAAGCUGGGCUAGAGCAAUGGGAACUCACCCUGUUGUGGGGUUUCAAACGGCCGACCUUCCAACCGGCAAGCCCAAGGCUCAGUGGUUUACACCACAGCGCCACCCGUGUAUAAACCAACACAAUAAAUAUUAUUCUGUUCUACAUUGUUGGAGUAUUGCAUUUGAUUGUGAGCUGCCUUGCAACUUUUAGGAAAGAGAAUCAUAGAAUCAUAGAAUCAUAGAGCUGGAAGAGACCACAAGGGCCAUCGAGUCCAACCCCCUGCCAAGCAGGAAACACCAUCAGAGCACUCCUGACAUAUGGUUGUCAAGCCUCUGCUUAAAGACCUCCAAAGAAGGAGACUCCACCACACUCCUUGGCAGCAAAUUCCACUGUCGAACAGCUCUUACUGUCAGGAAGUUCUUCCUAAUGUUUAGGUGGAAUCUUCUUUCUUGUAGUUUGGAUCCAUUGCUCCGUGUCCGCUUCUCUGGAGCAGCAGAAAACAACCUUUCUCCCUCCUCUAUGUGACAUCCUUUUAUAUAUUUGAACAUGGCUAUCAUAUCACCCCUUAACCUCCUCUUCUCCAGGCUAAACAUGCCCAGCUCCCUUAGCCGUUCCUCAUAAGGCAUCGUUUCCAGGCCUUUGACCAUUUUGGUUGCCCUCCUCUGGACACGUUCCAGUUUGUCAGUGUCCUUCUUGAACUGUGGUGCCCAGAACUGGACACAGUACUCCAGGUGUAGUACUGUGAGGCAGGAUAUCAGUCUAUCCGAACAAAAUAAUAAUUCCCAGAAAAUCUGCGCUCUGCUCUUGAAAUAUAAGAGUGAGGGGGUGGAUCUUUAGAUGAUCAACUGCCGCCCUCUUGUGGCUGACAACCACCUUAUUACGUAUAUUCUCUCUUUCCAAUACCAGGUGAAGCUACCGGGAAAGUUGCUAUGAAGGGUUGUGCUACCCCUGCCGUGUGCGCUCCUAUUUUGGGAGGGGCAGCAACAUUUACCGGGAUAAGUUCGGCCAUCACAAACCUUGAAUGUAGAGCAGCCUCCAGCAGCCCAGCCAAUAUGCCUCUUGGACCAACUGGAUUCCUCCUUUCCGCCGUUGUUGGUUUUUUCCUCAUGAAGCUCUGUUCUUAACUUAUGAUCUGUUGCAUUAACAAAUGGAUGGAGGUGCUAAGCUGAGGCUUGUGUUAAAAGCUUGACAACUCUCUCUUAGCAUAACUGGAUUACCUGAGCGUUUGCUCUUUUGCAUGUUCAGGACUAAGGGGCAACCGCUGAUUCCAGUUAAUCGAUCAACCUAUCAAUGAAAGUGAGAAUUGCAGCCGCAGGUGUACUAAAGACUGAGUAGAGUGCUUUCCUCUCCAUGAUGAAGGCCUGUUUCACAGACUUUGGACUUUCGCCAGAUGAACUAAGCAGGUACAUUCAUGUCACCAACACCAAGCACUAAAGCCAAUGCAAGUCCAUCCUCUACAUCAGCUUUCACCUGCAUGUUCUAAAGGAAUAUGUGCCAACACCUAAUUGACAUUUAACAACAAUGGCAAACCGAUUAAACAUUUGAUUGAUUAACAAUUUGGCUCCUUACCCAUUCUUCUGCCUGACCGAUCUGUUAAAUAGCAAAAUCAAUAGUAAAAUAAAAAACGAAACCCGGGAAUAUCAAUUCGUUUCUUGUUUGUUUAAGCUUUGGGGAGGUUAUGAACCUUCUCUCUGUGUUUUACAGCCCCCUUUUUGGGUUUCCAAUCAAUAUGAUUGUUUGAUGGGUUGCAACAAUUAUCAAUUGUACUUCACAUUUUAGUUACUUCAUGCUGAAACACAGGGAAAGAGCAUUCGUGUUAACCAAAGGGGCUUGUAAAAUAGCUGGAAAAGGCUCUUAAUUGAUCCAAUUGCUUUAAAGUAUUUUUACGGAGCCCGUAAGUUCAGACUUGGCAUGAAAUUCAUGUCCAUUUCUAUUCGCUCAUGGCCCCAAAUUGGAUCAUUCCACAUGUGGUGGGUUCUCAGAAUCAAACUUUAGCCUGGUUCAUCCCAGUAAAAAGGUAAAGGGACCCCUGACCAUUAGGUCCAGUCGUUACCGACUCUGGGGUUGCGGUGCUUAUCUCGCUUUACUGGCCGAGGGAGCCGGUGUACAGGUUCCGGGUCAUGUGACCAGCAUGACUAAGCCGCUUCUGGCAAACCAGAGCAGCACACGGAAAUGCCGUUUACCUUCCCGCCGGAGCGGUACCUAUUUAUCUACUUGUACUUUUGACGUGCUUUCGAACUGCUAGGUGGGCAGGAGCAGGGACCGAGCAAUGGGAGCUCACCCCGUCGCGGGGAUUCGAACCGCCGACCUUCUGAUUGGCAAGUCCUAGGCUCUGUGGUUUAACCCACAGCGCCACCCGAGUCCCUGGUUCAUCCCAGUACCAUGUAUAAAAUGUUUAGGAUGAAACUAGGCUCACCUGAGUAAGUAGGUAUGGCCCGUUCAUGUGGUGUCUGAGGCUAUAGCAUUGUUAAAAAUAUCUGUGUUUGGACCUCACUGAUGUUUAGAUGGGAGACCACAGGAAGCAGUACUGAGUUCCCAAAAGGUGGAACAGGAUAGCAGCCUGGGACCAUGUCAGAACCAGCCCUGUUUUUAUAUCUCUAUAUUAUACUUUUUGCUACAUGGCAGAUUUGGGUGGUAUUGCAAAAGUACAGCAACUUCUGCCCUGUAGCCUAGAAACUGGACAUCACAAGACAGCAGAUAACAGGGAGGGAUGUUUCUGUGAUUGGCAUCUGAAUUUGAUUUAUACCUGUGGUUUCUCGGCCUUUUCAGCAAAAACCUGAAGCCAGAAGCGCCUCCCUUAGUCUGUACACUUAUGUAUGAAGCGCCUGCACGCUGGUUUUGUGUAUGCGUCUGUAUUAUUAGCACCACUGAAAACCUUUUGUUGAUUAGUGGCUUGAAAUUUCUGGAUCUUAUAGACCCUUCAAGUGUCCCUAUUUUCCAGGGACAGUUCUGGAUUUAGGGAAGCCGUCCUGGUUUCUGACUUGAUCCCAGAAUGUCCCGCUUUUCCUUAGGACGUCCCUAUUUUCAUCGGAGAAAUGUUGGAGGGUCUGGAGUUAUGCGACCCCUUGAGCCAAGGAGAUAAGUAACUAUACAACCUUUAGAAGACAUCUGAAAGCAGCCCUGUAUAGGGAAGGUUUUUUAAAAAAUGUUUUAUGUUUUUAUAUACAUUGGAAGCCACCCAGAAUGGCUGGAGCAAUCCAGGCAGAUGGUCAGGGUACUAAUUGAUUGAUUGAUUGAUUGAUUGGUUGGUUGAUAAAAGGACCUCCUUAUUUUCACUGGAGAAACGUUGGAAGGUAUGGAGUUGCCAUACAAAACACCCUCCCAUCAGAUGUCAAGGAAAUAAACAACUAUCUGACUUUUAGAAGACAUCUGUACACUUAGAUUUUUUUGUUUAUGAAAAUACAUGCAUUUUCUCUUUUUUCAAGUUGCGUUUUCUACAGAUAAGUUUCAUUUGUUGACACAUUAGUGUUACAUUUUAGAAGACAUCUGAAGGCAGCCCUGCUUAGGGAAGUUUUUAAUGUUUGAUGUUUUAUCAUGCUUUUUAUAUUCUGUUGGGAGCCGCCCAGAGUGGCUGGGGAAACCCAGCCAGAUGGGCGGGUAUUAAUAAUAUCAAUAUUAUUAAUUAAUAUUAAUACUAUUAAUAAUACUACUAAUAUUAUUAAUAAUACUAUUGUUAAUAUUAAUAUUAUUAAUUAUUAUUAUUUACAAAACCAGAGGAAAACGCCAGUUCAGUGAAAACUCACAAUGCUUUUUUACACCUAAAAGUCAUUUUAAACAGCCGACACGUUGUAACUACAGAACGGAUACUAUCUCACUGACAACCUUGUUUUAUCCGUGACUGCGCGGCCGCAAAUGCUUUGCCCGCCUCGCCUUUCGCGCGCCACUCAGAGCAUGAAUGGAUUAGCUAGUAGUCCCGAUAGCCCAAUGAGAGGCAGCGAUGCAGAUUGACGCUCCUAAGUCUGCCCCUGUCCUUUGCAUUGCGGAUCCUCAUUGGGCCGACGAAGAAUUCUUCUCCAUCUCCCCUGGCUAAUCAGGAGCGGCAGAUUUUCGCUCCGCCCUUCAAGCCCUUUGAUCUGUCUUUCCUCUCUACACACAACGGAGAGUCCCUGAGGUUUAGCAGGAGGGAAGAGCUCCACUAUUAACCCUUUGCUUAACCUUUGUUUCCACGCUGGGUGCAGCAGACAGAAGCAACGACCCUUCUUACCUUAGGUAGGUCAAAAGUAAGUCUUAAAUCAAACCAGGGACCUGCACUGAUCCUUUGCCGUUCCCGCUGCAGUUGGUCGAAGUUGCGGGGGAGUGGGGCAGAAACUGCACUCUGCACAUGUUCAGAGGCACUCCUUCCUUUUGCUGACCGUCGGGCAUUAAGGGUUCCUUGCUUGAGCUUCAAGCCGUCAACAAGGAUCUGCUCAGUGGUAACCCCAAGAGACGCAUGAAAUGUUUUGCAUUUCAUUUUUUGGGAGGGGAGCUGCAGGGCCGUCUUAUGCAUAUCCGGCGCCGUGGUGCAAAGAUCCCUCCGGCGGCCCACGCCCCUUUCCCAGAGUUUUCGACCGUUUUUUAAGGGAGCUGACGCCACGCUUACACAUUAUCUCUGCUUGGGGGGGGGGGGACAGGAAACAUAAACAAACUUUUUAAGUUGCUUGUUUAUUAACAAUGGAUUUAUAUAUAUGACACCACCACACUGUUUUUGGCAGAUUUAAGACAAAUUAUCUUAUUAUGUAACACCUUGUUUUUAACAAUGUUGCUUUCUUUCUAAUUUCAGAAUGCCUGCGUUAUUCAUGUAAAAUAGUUUGAUAGAGUACAUUGUAUGGUAUAUUUUUUCCUCAAAUUAAGAGAUUUUGCUUACUAUUGGUCAGAUAACGUUGUUAACAUGAGUAGAAUUCACAACAACGAAAUUCUUGCCCCUAGCACAUUUCACAGCUUCAGCUGCCACGAACUGUCACUGAAAACAAUGCAUUGGUCAGUCUGAACCAUGUCAAGUAAACUAUGGAAGUAGCAUAUCCACAACACAAACUGUGCUAGUACAGUGGUACCUCAGGUUACAUACGCUUCAGGUUCUAUACGCUUCAGGUUACAGACUCCGCUAACCCAGAAAUAGUGCUUCAGGUUAAGAACUUUGCUUCAGGAUGAGAACAGAAAUCAUGCUCCAGCGGCAGCGGGAGGCCCCAUUAGCUAAAGUGGUGCUUCAGGUUAAGAACAGUUUCAGGUUAAGAACAGACUUCCGGAACGAAUUAAGUACUUAACCUGAGGUACCACUGUACUUUGUUUUCAAGUCUUAAUUCCAUAAUGGUUACAAUAUGAGGGAGCCACUACUCCCAGCCUGUGAAAAGUAGUGGAACUUGGCUAUCAGACAUUUUGAAAAUGUGUUAGUUUACAGUACAUUCUUGCAGCCCAAUGCCAGGUUCUAGGCAUUGCAGUGGGUUGGACUAGUGACCCUUCCAACUUUACAAUUUAAGAUUUAAUAAAAGAAUUCUUUCUCAAUUCAGCACCAGGGCUGGGGGUGCCCAAACCUUUUUCAAAGAGGGCCAGAUUUGAUGAAGUGAACACUCUAACCCAGGGGUUUUCAACCUUUCGGAGUCCGUGGCUCCCUCGGCCAACAACAUUAUUUCUGCAGCUCCCCUGUGUGGAAACACACUCAGAGCCUCAGGAGCCCAGUUACAUCACCCCUUGCCUGCAGAGGCGGCAGACCGUCACCCCUUUUGGAACACCCUCCCCAGUGCUGGAUUUAUGCAUAAGCUAAACAAGCUAUAGCUUAGGGCCCCACUCUCUUGGGGGACCCCAAAAAAAUUUAAAGGAGAAAAACACUGGAUGUACAUUUCCAAAAUAUCAAAUAAAAAACAUUUUGUUAUGUGCAAAUGGCUUUAGAUACCUAUUAGGUCCUGGAGGCGGUUGGAGGAUGGAUGGCGGCUAAUGGAUUGAAGUUGAAUCCUGACAAGACAGAAGUAUUGUUUUUGGGGGACAGGGGGCGGGCUGGUGUGGAGGACUCCCUGGUCCUGAAUAGGGUAACUGUGCCCCUGAAGGACCAGGUGCGCAGCCUGGGAGUCAUUUUGGACUCACAGCUGUCCAUGGAGGCACAGGUCAAUUCUGUAUCCAGGGCAGCUGUCUACCAACUCCACCUGGUACGCAGGCUGAGACCCUACCUGCCCGCGGACUGUCUCGCCAGAGUGGUGCAUGCUCUAGUUAUCUCCCGCUUGGACUACUGCAAUGCGCUCUACGUGGGGCUACCUUUGAAGGUGACCCGGAAACUACAAUUAAUCCAGAAUGCGGCAGCUAGACUGGUGACUGGGGCGGCCGCCGAGACCACAUAACACCGGUCUUGAAAGACCUACAUUGGCUCCCAGUACGUUUCCGAGCACAAUUCAAAGUGUUGGUGUUGACCUUUAAAGCCCUAAACGGCCUCGGCCCAGUAUACCUGAAGGAGCGUCUCCACCCCCAUCGUUCUGCCCGGACGCUGAGGUCCAGCGCCGAGGGCCUUCUGGCGGUUCCCUCAUUGCGAGAAGCAAAGCUACAGGGAACCAGGCAGAGGGCCUUCUCGGUAGUGGCACCCGCCCUGUGGAAAGCCCUCCCAUCAGAUGUCAAAGCGAUAAAUAACUACCUGACAUUUAGAAGACAUCUUAAGGCAGCCCUGUUCAGGGAAGCUUUUAAUCUGUGAUAUUUUACUGUAUUUUUUGUUUCUAUGGAAGCCGCCCAGAGUGGCUGGGGAAACCCAGCCAGAUGGGCGGGGUACAAAUAAUAAAUUAUUAUUAUUAUUAUUAUUAUAAAUUACCAUAUAGCAUAUAUUCAACACAAAAAACAGCGACAAUUUGUUGUUGACAUAUAAUGCACCCCAUUACCUUCAGUAGCUUAGGGCCUCAUCAAACCUAAAUCCGGCCCUGACUCUCCCUUGUGGAGUGUUCCCACAGCCUCUUCUCCCCUCUUCUUGAGAGUCCUCCGGGCAGCAGCCCCUGGUCUCUGAGCUGCCCCAAAGAGGGGCUUGGGAAGAGGAUGCCCCCAGCCUUAGUAGCCCACUGGAGACCGAACAAAGGUGAGCAUAGGGCCAGCACCUUCCUCACCUUGUGAGGCAGCAGUGGGCAUUGCUGGUCCUGCAUGGUGUGCCCUUCAGCGCUGGGCACUCAGCUCCCAGGCAGGCCUUUCACACAGCGAGCACAAGAAAGGCCAGCACGGUGCCUGCCUGCCCAGCUUCCCACUUUUCUGUCCAUUCCCAACAGCAAGGUCUGGCAGACUGGCUAGCUGGGCUCCCUCGCCCGCUUGCUUGCUUCCUCCGAGGCCACCUCUGCUCCUGGCAUGCAGAGGGUCGCAAGGCCAGCUGGCUAGCCCCAGCUGCGUCGUCUCCUUCCAGCCGUCCCGCUGCGACGACCCAUCAGCCUCUGCUCCGAUGUAAAUCAGAGACCCAGGCUUCAAAGCCAGGGCACACUAUAGCAGCCGAGCGAACUGUGCACACAGAAUAGGCUUGAGGCUUGCGGAAGCAUACUACAACUACGGAUUUAUUAAUCAUAAAUCAGAACAAAGAAACAUGUCAUCUCUCUCUUUGUCUUCUCAGGGAGACAGAGAAAAGCAAAAGCUAUACACACAACGGAAAUUCCCAGCAACCUGUGCUGGUAUGUAAACAGACAUAUGACAUGCAACAGUUCCAUGUCUGCAACUAAAGGUGGAAUGGAAUUUCCCAACAUCCAGCACCCCCUGGCCAGCCCCAGAGGCACCAUUCGCCUGUGGAGCUUGUAGCCAGGGCUGCUACAACAAACAGCCACAUAUCGUAUUUUUCGCCCUAUAGGACGCACUUUUCCCCCUCCAAAAAUGAAGGGGAAAUGUUUGUGCGUCCCUUGGGGCGAGUGCAGGCUUCAGGCAGCUAUCCGCAAGCCUUGGGAGCCCGCAGGAGUUCCCGCCGGUCUCCCAAGGCUUGCGGAGAGCUGCCUGCAUCCUGAAGCCCGGGGCGUGCUGAGUAGCGCGCCCCGGGCUUCGGGCAGAUAUCCGCAAGCCUGGGGAGACCGGCGCGACUUCCCGCCGGGCUCCCUAGGCUUGCGGAUAGCAGCCUGUUCUGGGGGCUGGGGUCGGGGGAAGCUCGGGCUUCCCCUGCCCCAGCCCCACGCCUGGGGGGGGGGGAAUAAUUUUUUUUUCUUUAUUUCCCUCCCCCCCAAAAAACUAGGUGCGCCUUAUGGGGCGAAAAAUACGUUAUGCUUUUGGGAGGCAGAAAUGCAAGAGGGCACCAGAGGAGGGAGGGAAGGGAAGAAAGAGGGACAAGGCCAGUGUUGCCCGUGGCACCCCUAACCAUCAUUCAAGGCACCCCAGGGUGUCACGGCACACUGGUUGAAAACCACUGCUCUGACCAUUGGACCAAAUGCAUGUUAGUACAUAUUCACGUAGGGGCCAUAUCUGCUAUGUGAAGAUGCCUCUGAAAUUCUCCUGGCUCUUAAGUGUGCUUAGAAGUCAUCUAGAAAGUGCGCUAAACACAACACUGCAGGAUGUCAUCGUGGAUUCGGUCACUUCCGUUUUGGGAACACUUGUGUUCAUGUUUCCGUGCCUAAAACGUGUACGAAUGUUCUGUGUUUGGUUUGUUUCAGUUAG